GGUGCAAACGCCCCUGCUCUCCGGCGCCCCCUGCCGGGAAGAGGGAAGGCGGCGGCCGCGGAGAAGCAGCGCGCGGGGCCGGGACAGAGCUCGGGCGCCGGGAAGGAGCCGGGAGCUUCCCUGAUGGUGCCGCCGCCUCCUCCGAGCCGGGGAGGAGCAGCCAGGGGGCAGCUGGGCAGGAGCCUGGGUCCGCUGCUGCUGCUCCUGGCGCUGGGACACACGUGGACCUACCGAGAGGAGCCCGAGGACGGCGACAGAGAAAUCUGUUCAGAAAACAAGAUCGCGACGACUAAAUACCCGUGUCUGAAGGCUUCAGGCGAGCUCACCACGUGCUACAGGAAAAAGUGCUGCAAAGGGUAUAAAUUUGUUCUUGGACAAUGUAUCCCAGAAGAUUAUGAUGUGUGCGCCGAGGCUCCCUGCGAACAGCAGUGCACGGACAACUUCGGCCGCGUGCUGUGCACCUGCUACCCGGGAUACCGCUACGACCGCGAGCGACACCGGAAGCGGGAGAAGCCCUACUGCCUGGAUAUCGACGAGUGUGCCACCAGCAAUGGGACGCUGUGUGCCCAUACCUGUGUCAACACCUUGGGCAGCUACCGCUGCGAGUGCCGGGAGGGCUACAUCCUGGAGGACGAUGGGAGGACGUGCACCAGGGGAGACAAAUACCCCAACGACACUGGGCACGAGGAGAAGUCUGAGGGUGCUGUGAAAGCCGGAACUUGCUGUGCCACGUGCAAGGAGUUCCACCAGAUGAAGCAGACGGUGCUGCAGCUGAAGCAAAAGAUUGCCCUGCUCCCCAACAAUGCUGCUGACCUGGGCAAGUACAUCACUGGUGACAAGGUGCUGGCCUCAAACGCCUACCUUCCAGGACCUCCUGGCCUGCCUGGGGGCCAGGGCCCCCCUGGCUCACCAGGACCAAAGGGGAGCCCAGGCUUCCCCGGUAUGCCAGGCCCUCCUGGGCAGCCCGGCCCCCGGGGCUCGAUGGGACCCAUGGGACCAUCUCCUGAUCUGUCCCACAUUAAGCAGGGCCGGAGGGGCCCCGUGGGUCCGCCAGGUGCGCCCGGAAGAGACGGUUCUAAGGGGGAGAGAGGAGCACCUGGGCCCCGGGGGUCUCCAGGACCCCCGGGUUCUUUCGACUUCCUGCUGCUUAUGCUGGCCGACAUCCGCAACGACAUCGCAGAGCUGCAGGACAAGGUGUUCGGGCACCGGACUCACUCCUCGGCAGAGGACUUCCCUUUACCUCAGGAACUUUCCAGCUUCCCAGAAACCAUGGACUUGGGCUCUGGAGAUGACCAUCCAAGAAAAGCAGAGGCAAGAGACUUGGGAGCCCCCACAGAUUUUUAUCCAUAGCACAGCCCAGCAUCUUCAUGCCAAAGAAAGAAAGAGCAUUUUCACCUGCAGUUAAAUCAUCUAAAGAGAAGAAAAACACCACUGGAGACCUAGAAAAGAUACAUUUCUUUAAUCUUUUCCAGACUUUUUCCCUAUUCCUCUUUUUCCAAAUACUGUAUUUUCAGAGUCCCCCACGAGACCUACCGCAGACGUGAGGGGAGUGAAUGGCUGAUGCAUGUGAUUCUCACUGAGGGUCAGUUGAGGUGGGCCGCAUUGGGACUGUUCUUCUACAUCUUAUUUUUUCUGGAACUUCUGGAUUUGAGUUUAGUGUCUUAAGAUUUGGCAGAAUACCAAAAAGGGAAAGAUGGCAAGGUGAGCUGUAAGAAAACAUGAGGCUAUUUCUAAAAAAAAAA